AGUAGUACAGUUACGCUACGAUUAUACUCACGUGCGACGCAAGUUAGCGAUCCAUGUCGCCUUGGGUUUUUGAAUUCUGAUUUUGCUUUGAGUUACAGGUUUUGUGCUUCUUAUGCGUUGCAUCAAAACUAGAAGCUUCAAGAACUACUAUGAUGCAAAUGGACCAGGAUUUGGAAGCUGCCUUCUAGGGAAGUAGAGUAACUCCGGCACCACUCGGCCAUCUGCGCGUCAAUUGAUUCUCCGUCUCGUGAAGUUGAACUUGAAACAAAAGGCCAGGCCGUCAGUUACCCAUCUUCACAGAAGCUCUCAACCGAGCGGAGGAAAACGUUUCGGGCGGAGGAGUGCGUCAGCGGUGCGAAGAUUGGAAGAUGCUGAAAACGCCGAGUAGCAGGAUUCACGAACGGGCAAAUCCCAACACGAAAGUGCUCUAUGACAAGAGCCUUUCCGAGUGGACAUCCAAAUACGUAAAGAACAAAAGAGAACUGGAUCGCGUCACGACGCAAUGCGACCACCUAAGGCACGAGGUAAGAGUAAACAAUUUUUAUUUUGUGCACGAGAAGACAUUAAAUAAACUAUAUAGAGAAUACAAUCGUACCGCGCGGGGAGCGGUCACCUACCUUUGCAUCGGCAUGAUGUGUGGCAUGAGCACGUGAACGUGUGUAGCGGAAAACACUUUUACUAGUCCGAGCAAGAUCAGCGUUUUUAUUUGGCUCUCCUAGUAGUAAGAAAAGCAAAAGCGGCAACCAUUCAAAUAUACCAGGCCAUGAAGCUUCAGGAGCAGGUCGAGGAAAGCACAAAAACGUUGAAGAAUAUGGAAGACAAAUACAACAAUGAGCUGGCGCAGCGCUUUCAGCAAAGCAAGGCUAACUACGAACAUGCGCUGCAGCAGAAACAGAUACUAUGCAAUUGGUUACUGGUGAUUGCGCUCCGCUACAGUUUUUGCAUCGCUUUUCGUCCUUUUCGACAACUAUUUCUAUGGCCGCUGCUCCUGCUUCAGGUUUGCUUUUGCAACGCUCGCAAAAAAUUUUGUCUUCAUGCCAGAAAUGUUUAUGGAUUUAGAAUAGAGCAGUAUGCAAACUAGAAAUCAUUGAAAAAACCGGACAAGUAAUACGCGAGCAGCUGCAGCUGUCUUUUUUGUUUGGUUUAUGUGCAGUGUGGUCUUCCCUUCUAUCCUCGCGCAAUCACCGGAUUUUUAAGUACCUGCAUUAGUCUUGCAGAAUCAGAUCGCAGAGAACCGAAAACUGAAGCAAACGCUGUCGAAAGAGAAGAGCUCGCUGACAGCGGAUUACGAUCGAAAAUAUGCGGAACUUACCAAAACGCUGGAGCACAGGGCGAAGCUCGACGACCAGCUAGCUCGCCUCUCCCAGCAGCUCUCUGACCUCGCGGAGGUAGGGUUUUGUUCGUUUAUUACGACGAUCAUUUAUUGACGUGCGAUCUUUGUCACUUCGAUGGAUUUGGUUUGCAAGCUCCGGCGAAAUUCAUACGGGUUCUUCCAGACGUGUUUGUGUUGCGGUAGUUUUGUUGUGUGAAAAGAACAAGCCGGAUCCUUGGCAGACGGAUAAUAAGAUUCUCAUUGUCGCAACAGAAGACAGAAGUCGCCACAGACAGCAUAUACAAAAUGAAAAUUGAUUAAGCAGAAGGCUGAUCGACAAACUUUUAACAUUCAUAAAACAGGAGCGGAAAAGAGGGGAAAAAGAAUUGGCACAGCUACAGGGGCAUCUGAAAGAGAACAGUGACUUGGUCGACAACUUAAACUCGGACAUGGUGGACGUUAGAGAAGGUAUCCGCAUUUUGAAGGUCUCUACGUUGCUCAAAAAAGCGUCACGGCUCGACCGCUUGUUUAUUUGUUUGUACUCCCUGUGCGGAGGCGGAGGCGCCGUUUUUUUUUUGGGAGCAUGUUCAUGUUGUUUGUGUUUCCAUGGUUCUGUUGUUCACUUCUCUCUCUUUUGUCUCUCUUCAGCAGCUCACCACGUAAACUCAUGAGUGUUGAAAAAUAGAGAUUGAAAUAAAGUCUUCGUCAAAAAUCAUCAGGUAUAAAAGCGUCCGUGGAAAAUCACAUGCUGUCAGCAAGCGCCGUGAAUUCUCGGUUCCUAGAUCCAGACGGAGCCGAGGGAUAA